CUCCUCUUCAAAAUAUUAGUUGGACCAAUUCCCGAUAGCCGUCUUCUUUACCCUGUUUCAAAAUCAGGAAAUCCUGGUUCCUAAUAUGUGAUGUUUUCUUUUUAAGGGGCUGGAGAAUCAGGAAAGUCCAUGAUAUCUAUGCAGGCAAGAUCCCAUUGUAUUCUUCCCUGGAAAGUUACAAUCCCAGUGACAAAUAGUAUACCUUACAUUUUUCUGAACAUCUAUCUCCAGAUAAAUCUUCUUUUCUGGACCGGCUUUGAUGUGGCGGAAUACAAGGGCUAUACGACAGUCAACCAUGUCAUCGUGUACCAGACAAUCAAAUUAAUGUAUGAUGGGGCUAAAGAGCUUGCCCAAGGGGAAUCUGACUACUCAAAAUAUGCUAUUUUACCUGAUAAUCAGCUAAGAAAUAAGUUAAGAGAGGCGGAACCCGACCCUGAUGACAGCCAAAAUCAGGCCCCACUCCUCUCUCUCUCUCUGGCACCUACUCUUCAGAUGGCCAACAACACUUUGCCAGCAACGGCUGCUGUCCAGUUAAGAGCAAGUAUAUUUUGUUGCUGA